CUCGAACGGAGCGUCAUUCGGAUUGUUAACUAUCAAUUCUAUCCUAGAGGGGUCCAACUAUUGCUCAUUAUCUUGAGUGUCACACCCUGGAGGCCAUAAUAGAACCGGUCCCGUAGAAGAACACCAUUGUUUAAUUGGGUUUGGCCCUCAGUGGACAGUUACCUCCCUUUACCUUGGACUAUCCUAUUCCCUGUCUUUGGUGAACCUUAAUUCCAAAAAUGCCCAAAACAGUUAACGUGCGCGUCACCACCUUGGACGCUGAGUUGGAGUUUGCCAUCCAGCAAAGCACCACCGGCAAACAGCUCUUUGAUCAGGUUGUCAAAACUAUUGGUCUGCGUGAGAUCUGGUUCUUUGGUCUUCAGUACAUCGACACCAAAGGGUACACAACCUGGUUGAAACUCAAUAAGAGGGUCUUAAAUCAAGAUGUCAAAAAAGAAACACCAGUACAAUUUAAAUUUAGAGCAAAGUUCUUUCCCGAGGAUGUAUCCGAAGAACUUAUCCUGGAAGUCACACAGAGGAUGUUUUUCCUGCAAGUUAAGGAAGGUAUCCUGAGCGACGAGAUAUAUUGUCCUCCUGAGACGUCUGUCCUGCUGGCCUCUUACGCAUGUCAGGUUAAACAUCAGGGCAAAGAUGGCGUUGACCUCUCUAGCGACACACUUCUUCCUCAGAGAGUAAUUGAUCAACAUAACCUCACCAAAGAACAGUGGUAUGAGCGUAUUGCUAACUGGUAUGGGGAACACAAAGGAAUGCUUGUAUGUGAUGCCAUGUUGGAGUAUCUUAAAAUAGCACAAGAUUUGGAAAUGUAUGGUGUGAACUACUUUAAGAUCAAGAACAAGAAGGCUACAGUGUUGUUACUAGGUGUGGAUGCCCUCGGCCUCAAUGUGUAUGAAGAAAAUGAUAAAUUGACACCAAAAAUAGGAUUCCCAUGGAGUGAAAUCAGCAAUAUCUCUUUUAAUGACAAGAAAUUUAUCAUCAAACCAAUUGACAAGAAAGCACCUGACUUUGUAUUCUAUGUAGAGCGUCUUAGAAUAAACAAACGAAUCCUUGCACUUUGUAUGGGAAAUCAUGAACUUUACAUGCGCCGUCGCAAACCUGACACUAUUGAAGUGCAACAAAUGAAGGCACAAGCAAAGGAAGAGAAAAUGGCAAAGGAGCUUGACGCUCUUCGUCUAAGAGAGGCAGAGGAGGCACAGCGACAAGCCGAGGAGCAGCGCCGCCUAGUGGAAGAAAAACUAAUAAUGAGGGAGGAACAAUUAAGAAAGAGAGAGGAGGAACUCAAACUACAGCAGGAUGAGCGUAUGGAGAUUGAGAGAAAGCUCAGCGAGAUGGCCUUGCUGUCAUCAGCGGUAGAAGAUAAACAAUCUCAGCUGGAUGCAACGACCAACCGCAUGAACGAACUAGAGUCACGACUUGAGAGUAUGAAGGAAAUGAGUGAAGCAGAAAAACAGAAACUGGCAUCAACACAAAUAGAUGUGGAGGAAGAAUUGAGGGAGAAAAUGAUGGAACUGAGGGAACAGAACGAUGCCUAUCAGUCUCAGCUAGAACAGCAGGAGAAUCUUCAGGCUGAGAUUGAGGCUGCUCGUGUCCAGGCCGAGGAGGAACGUUUGAUGCGUGAGGAAAAGGAACGUGAAUGGAGGGAGUCUGAACAGGCACGCCUCGACAUGGAAGAAAAACUCAUGCAGAUUAAAGAGUCUGAAGUAGAAUCGGCUGAUCUUGGUGGUGAUAUUAAUGCUCCACGCCCAGAGGAAGACCGUGAUGCGUACCAAAAAUCUGAAAGUAAUAAGGAAAGACUGGAGUCCCUGAGUGCAGAACUUUUGGAGGCCAAGAUUGGGGGAAAAGAAACACAAAAUGACAUCCUACAUACAGAGAAUGUCAAACAAGGUCGCGACAAGUACAAGACACUAAAACAGAUCCGACAAGGCAACACCAAGAAACGAAUUGAUGAGUUUGAAAGUCUCUAAGACACAUGCUACCAGCUUGUUUGUGAUUGAGCCUGGGUGUAGUGACACACUGUUGUUCAGAUGGCCUCGUCCAGAUACAGUAUGUGUCCGUUAUAUGUAGACUUAUGGGACAGUAAGGAAACGGCACACAUCACCAGAACAAAUGUCUAUUUUUUACUUGAGAAUGUAUAGGAUUCAUAUCAGUUUGUUGCAAGUAUAUAUAUGACACAUAUAUAUAUAUAUAUAUAAUCUGUAUGACAUUUUAUAUGUACGUAUCAAGGGAUGUGUUGAAAGUUAAAACAAAAAAUUGUGGAGAUAAGUUUAACAAAAAGUACUAUUGACAUUUGAGAGUUUCCUCUUGUGUAAAUAUUGAAGUAUAUAAAAGAUAUAUAGAAGAUUUCCAGUCCGCUGGUUCACAGAAUGGUGCACUAUGGGUGUGGUCCAGGUACUCUGUCUCUCACUCCCCCUGAUUCCUUCUUUCUUGCUUUCACUUCCUACUACAAAACUAAAUAGAUUUCAAAAACCUAACCUAUACGUAAUGAAUGUAUUUGUAUAAAUAAUCAUACGCUGCUAUUCAGGCUCGAGCUUUCAAAUGUCUUGUCCUUUUGUAAUUUUAUCAAGGCAAUUGAUGAAUUUGAAGCCGCUUGAUCAACAACUGGGCACUUGUGUCCGGUUACUAUGGUUACAUAUAUAACAAUGUUGGUAUACAUCAUUUUCACUUGACCCCGUUUACUCAUUGAAGUCGGAGGUAGUGUUGAUGAAGUACACUGAUUAUAUAGUUGUAGUUUGUAUCGUAAGCUUUACUGAAACAAUAAAUCAAUCGUAAUGAUUAUCAAAUUAUCUAAACCGCAAGUUUUAUAUACAUUUUUUUUCUGCGAAUCCCCACAUUUAAACUCAGAAUGUGGGUUCUGUUUCUGAGUGGAAGAGAAAACAAAUAUUUCAUGAAUAUCACAAUGUAAACUUUGCUGUACUAAUUGUCCUAUGCAUAUUAGAGAGAUUUUUGUCCAUACCUAACCGUUAUAUUUCAUUAGAUGUUAUCGGGACACAUGUAUGUUUUUAGAGGUGGGGCAUUUUCUGUAACAUGCCACAUUGUCCAUUCCAGUAGUUUCGGGUUGAUAACUAAUUACAGAAAAUAGAUUAAGGAAUUUAUUAUACCCUUAUCCUGCUGAAACCAAACUAUAACGACAACUUUCAAGCAUGAUGAAGAAAGUGAAUACCUACCCUAAAUAUCAUUUUCAUUAUUUAGUUAAAAUUAUACACAGAAAAUGUAUUCAAUUCACUAUAUUUCUACUGUAUUAAUAUGACUUUUUUUGUUAAUUUUUUAUGUGAUUAGAAAUUGAUUUUGUCAUGUAUUUACAUGUGUAUUUCAUUUUCAUGUUUUGGAUGGUAUCUUUGUCAUAGCUGAAGCGCUGUCAUAUAUAUAUAUCUAAUUUGUAGCUUCUCUGAUCUAUAAAGAACAAAACAUUUAUCACCAGUCUUUGUUCAUUGUUCUCAUUGUUAUCUAGUAUUCUUUUAUGGAUAUGUCUUUGUUUAGCUUUCAUAUAUAUGUUAAUUUACUCAAAAGAGUUGCAAGUUUAAGCAGAGUGUGUCAUGUUGACUCUAGGGGGAUAAACCAUGUUAUUAAUUGUAUUCAGCUGUAAGUUAGAAGAUUUUCUAGUGCUUAAUCCAUAUAAAGAACCCUACAGCCAUGAAAUGGAACAAGAAUUAUUCAUUCCAAAAACAAAAUGUACAUAUGGAAGUUUAAAAGUAUAUCUAACAAAAAACAUAUAUUUUCUCAGUUAUAUUCUUUAAAUUAUAGCAUUAAAGGUUGAAAAGUCUGUAACAGAUAUAUAUAAUAUUAAUUUCUGAAUUUUUGUUAACAUAUUUUAUUCCAAAAGGAAAAUUGAUAUUUUUGUUGAAGGAAUUGUGAUAAGGUGUGUCUGUGACAGGUAAGUUGUAAUCGGUGGUUGAUCAGAUGAAAUCUGCAGUAAGUUGGAUUAUUAUAUAUAUUAAUAUCACUAUGUAGUAGAUAGAUAGUACUUACCAUGAUAUGAAAACGUUCUCAAAUAUUCGGCAUAUGUACUAAACACAUUCAGGUUCCAGUGGUAAAAAUUUGGAAGUUAAGAGUAAGGGAUGAAAAUAAGUGCUUUAUCUGUGCAGUCACAGACAGUUUAUCAUUUUCAUUACAAUGUCGGUGACAUCAUGUUCAGUUAUUAUUUGUAAUGAUGUACUCAUGUGUUCAUGACAUACAUGAAACCCUUUAUAAGUUUAUAUUGGUAAUAUCCCCCACAAACUACACCUAAUUCGAUAUUGGGUGUAGUUUGUGGGUGAAGCCUAUGGUUGUUUGCUGGUCACGGUCCAAACGGUUGGACCAGAGUUCAUAAAAUAGGGACAGACCCAAUGAUUUAAUGUUGUGUCCGACAAGCCUUGACAAUGAUUACCAAGGCCUGUAUUAACAUCUGCAGAACCAUCAAGAUAUAUGCCUGGAAUAUUACAUAUAAAAUCAUGAUGAACCAGUUUGACCUCAUAAACGAACAGGCCCUAGGAAUUAGCAUUGUCCAUCCAGUCAUUGUGACAAUAGCUGCUAGCUAGAGAUCAAGUUUCCUUGUAAAUUCUUUUGUAUUGUAAUAUUACUUAUUGUCUUGGGUUGUGUAAGUCCACAACAUAAUUGCCUGAUAUUAUCACGCCAAUUUACUGAAGCUAUGCAGUAUCGCUGGUUGUACAAAGCUUGUAAAAGUUUAACAUCCUUUCAUAAAAUCAAAUCAGAUAGCAGGGAUUGAUCUAUAAUUAUGUUUACUAUAGUUAAUUUUCUUUUGUUUAUAAUAAAUAAAGGGUAGUAAAUUGUUGUAAUGACCGAAGUAAAGGCUAUACGAUGUACCAAAUUAUCUUGCCUGAAUUUUUAUCUAUACUCAUCUUAAGCAAGAAAUGACAAGGGCUUGAAACUACAAUGAUGAAACAUUUUGUGUCGGCUAUUUAUAAGUAUCACGAAGGUGGAUUUUGCAAUGUUUUCUGUACUUAAAUCUUCUAUUGAAGUAACACAAGAUCAGCUAAAUCAUGGCUCGUCCAUAGAUGUGGAAAUAUUUGCUCCAAAUAGUAUUGUAGAUUAUAUUAUUAAUCCAAGAUGUCUCAUGGAACACGUAUACCAUCUAUAAAAUGAAUAAUGAUAUGUAAUUGUCAAAAUAAAAUCAUUGGAGUAAUGGUA